AUGCAGUCGUUCGAGAACACACCCUCGUCGCCUACAAAGCGCCUAGGGGUGUCAUUGAAUCUCGAUACUGGCUACAAAGGGAAGGGUAAGGACUUCUCUCCCCCGCAGACGCCGCCCAAGAUGGAAAACUAUCGUCCCAGCAGAGGCAAUAUUGUAGCUGCGAACCGGGCGCUUAAUAUACGGACUGGGCCAAGGGAGACAUUUUUGGACGACAUAACACCAGUCGACCCUGCAAACAAUAAGGUUCAAGACUCAGAAAGGGGCAGACCUGGAAAUCGAGACUCGCAUGAUCUUUCUUUGUCUCCACGUCAGGUUACGCGCGACUCGCUGGUCGACCACAUGCUGCUCUCCCUCGACCAAUUCUCCUUCGCACAAGAAGGAGACGGAUUUGGCAGGCAGCCUACGGUUGACGAGGAACAAUUAUAUUCGACUUUUGGGGACGAGGAAUCAUAUCAACCGGCACAGAAUUUCGCCCCAAGGAACGGGCGAGGAAUCGGGCACAAUUACUCGUACAGUUCUGAUUAUGACCCUGCGGACGAUUCGUCUCGAUACUCUGGAGGACAAUUGUCUCGCGGAAGAAGGAGUAACAGUAGCUCGAAUUUUCAGACCAAUCUAGGGAGAAUAAACAGCGUUCGGAACGACGGCACAUCGACAUUUUCAGGAACAAGGCCUCCAGCGCCGCAGCAAAUACCUCCUAGAGGGAUACAUUCACGGGGUGGGAAAGGAAGCAAGGGAAGUAGUGUCAACAGUUUCGAGCUGGGGUACGCGCAGGUCACAAGUAAUCAACGAUGGACACAUGGACUAGCUGGACGAUCCUCGAGCUUCGACUAUGGCAGUGAUCGAGUUGCAAUGAAAGUGCCCUCACAUCCUAUUCCUCGACCUAUCGAGACGAAUGCUCCUCCUUUCAACGAUUACGACUAUGAUGCUGCGCCAACACCCACAGUGCCAGUUGGACCACGAAGAAUGCGGCCUGCAUCUCCAAUAAUGAUUUCUCAGCCAGACCCGGUACAAGCAAGCCCACCACAGAAGUUGGAGAGGAAAAGGAGUACACGAUCCUCGAAAAGUGGCUACAAGGGAAAGCUUUCCGCCAACAAUACAUCCGGAAGCAGAUUUGACUACGGGUUGAAAGACCGAAAUCGCGAAUUACCUCCUAUGCCCGCCUUCAUCAAAGAGCCUCCUUCUGCGCCUGGACCAUUAGUUGGCUAUGGCAAAACGAAAGACCAGCAACCCACUAGCCUCGCCCAACCCAAAGACCGCCCAGGAUUUUUUAGAAGAGUUUUCGGCUCGAGGAGCAACCCUGUGCCUACUACGGAACCCCCUCCUUCGCACGGUUCCACGACAUCUGCUGAAACGACGGACCGACCACAGAGUCGGCCUCAGCAUAUCGGCACCCAAAUCAAGUCCCAACAUGCGCAUUCCCCUCGAGAAGCCCCGCCUCCACCAAAGGAGCAAGCACAUGUACUCACGAAAAAGCCGUCAUCGUUUUUUCGGCGACGGAAGAAGUCUAUUUCUGAGCCAGAAACACCCGUUCCAACAGUUCCGCCAUUACCGCUACAGACAGAGCGGGAAGCUGCUCCUACGAGAGCUCCUUCCAGCCCUGUCAGUAGUCUCAGGAAAGUUAUGAAUCCAUAUUUAAGGACCCCGGCCCGGAGCCCAAUCGACUUGUUUCCCCCCUCCAAUCUUGAUCGACAAAUGAACGACAGUCCAGAGCCCAAGGACAGGACUGUGAGGGGAUUCUCGCCAGAUUACGAACCAGACAAGAGCGCCACCAUAAGGACUGUACGACCAACCGAGCGGGAGCCAUUGGACAAUCUAUCAUCUUCGCCUCCCCAAAAUAAACUGGUGUCUAAUUCCAAUGAGAGGGCAUCCAGUACAAAAGAUUCGCAAGAUGUCCGUGAAGGAACCUUCUUGCAAGAUAGCAGUGAUAAUGACCGUGAAGUCCCAGCGACUUCCAAUUCUGCUUCGAGUCUCAAGGAUGGUUCUGGAACAAAACGGCAGGUUGGCCAACAGCCUGCUUCGUCUGUCGCCAGAGAUAUGGCGCUCGUUGCAGAGUAUGAAAGAGUUCACUCAAAGCGAUCACCGACUGCCUCAUCAAAGAUUGACCAAAAUAAGCCUCACUCGACGGUGGAAUCUCCCCGAAGCACAACUGAAUCUAAGUCAAGCAUAAAGCAAACAACGUUAGCUACUAAAGAUGAGGAAUGGGUCAUGCUGACUCCCACUAAAGUGCCGGGCCAGCCUCUGUCAGAAAGUACAGAAAAUCGUGUGUGGCUGGAGGCAUCCUCUUCGGAAGAAGAUCUCGCCGAGUCGAACCUUGCCAUGCCUCUGAAUUCCAAGCAGCCACCUAGCAGCAUCAUGUCUGGUUCGACUGAUACGGUUUACAAAUCUGCCACGAGUUUGCCAAUUUUGCAGGUGGAAGGUAGAGAGGAAGCUGAAAAGUCACCGCCACAGCAGCGACGCCUGUUAUCCGCUGCUGAAGCAAUCAAAUCUCUCGACGACGAAUGCCCAGCUGAAGAAGACAUAGUCCCAAGCGAGAGUGAUCGCGAGAAAGCGCAAAAAAUCUAUGACGGAAGCGAAGAUUUCGUUCAGAAGGAGAGGGCUGCUGCAUGGAUGGGCGAAGAUAGUCCCGUUCGUUUAAGGACCUUGGUGGCCUAUAUGGAGCUCUACAACUUUACAAAUCUUAACAUACUUGCCGCGUUGCGUCUCAUGUGUGGUCGAUUAGUCCUGAAAGCCGAGAGUCAGCAGGUGGACCGUAUUUUGGUCAACUUUGCCAAACGGUGGUGUCACUGUAACCCCAAUCAUGGCUUCAAAGGAAUUGAUGUCGUCCAUACCAUUUGCUACUCGAUUCUCCUCCUAAACACAGAUUUACAUCUGGCGGAUAUCGAUCAGAAGAUGACUCGCAGCCAGUUUGUGAAAAACACGAUGCCCACCAUUCGCAAAAGUGUGGCAGAGCUUGCCCCCGAUGCCUUCGAACCGACUAGACCAUCAAUCUUACCUGGGAAGAGCUCGACCUUCGAUUCUGCCAAGCAAGCUAGCGACGUUUCAUUGAAGCCUGAAAGGUCUUCCAUCGAAGUUGAGAGACCAUCAUGGAGAACUUCCUUCAAGCCUCCACCGCGGACGGAUUCUGAUGGAAUUGCGCCUACCCCACUGGAUUAUGACACACCUAUCGACGACUGCGGACCAUUGGUAAAAGCACCUUUCCACGGAACACUGCGAACAUGGGAAGUACAAGUAGAGAUUGUGCUCAAAGACUUCUAUAACUCCAUUCGAAACGAACGUUUGCCAUUGUUUGGCGCACCAAUCGAGAAACCACUUCUUCAAGCACCUUCUUCCAAUAGCCUGUCGGUCUUCACAAACGGAAUGCUCCGCCGAACUCCGAGCGUGCUGAGCAAAGCACCAUCAGAGUCUCAAAGCUUUAUCAGGGGAAGAACGGCGGAGACUGUCCGAGUAGGGAAUGGAAAGUGGGCAAGCAAGAAUCGUUCACGGCCUCGCUUGUAUCCAGGUUCCGGCAUGGGUUCUAGCCGAACAAGUUUGGAUGAUCAGUCUUCAAUGUGGAGUCCAUCUGUAUCAUCCAGCACAUGGAGCAAAUACUCUCUUGGUAAGACGCACACCUCUAUGUCAGUUGAUUCACGCGGGUCGGGCUUUCCUCAAGGCGACUACCAGCAAUCUAUUGGUUUCGCCAAUGCCCUCAGUCAGGCUAUCAUUCGUGAGGAGACCAUUGGAGGUCCAGGAAGUAAUGGCAGUGAAAGAGAUGAAAGUGAAGAACACCGCGUCGCACCCCUACUUGAAGACGAGUCCUUGGAACUGCAUGGAGCGCCGUGGGCAAAGGAAGGAAUUGUUAAGCACAAGCAUCACCUGGAGGCUCUGGACAAGAAGGCCAAAGAUCGUAACUGGAACGAGGUCUUUGCCGUUAUCGAAAAGGGUUACAUGAGCCUUUUCUCCUUCUCAUCAAAAAGCAUACGCAACAAGAACAAAAGUAAGACUGCUGGAGGGGUUGUUGGCGGAGGCAAUUGGCAGGAGAACGCUCAAAGCCUUGGAUCGUUCCUCCUCAGGCAAACCAUAGCCAGCGCACUCCCCUCUCCCGGUUAUUCCAAGGCCCGUCCCCACGUCUGGGCUCUCUCGUUGCCAUCGGGAGCAGUCCAUCUCUUCCAGGUUGGUACACCAGACAUCGUCAAGGAAUUCGUCUCCACUGCCAACUACUGGAGUGCCCGUCUGUCAAAUCAUCCGCUUGUGGGCGGUAUCAGCAAUAUUGAGUAUGGAUGGUCUGACGCUAUUGUCAACAAUUCGUUGGUAAAUGCUAUCAACGAGUCUACAAGACCAUCUACCAGUGGAAACCGACCGAGUCUUCAGAGUUCUCUCAGAUCGAGUCUUGAUCAAGGAUAUCCCAGCGGAGGCUUCAGGUCUCGAUUGCCCGGAGACAAGAUUAACAUUUCGGACUGGACACCACCAACUCAGAGUAUGAGAGCCAGCAACCUUAUGGAAGCGGAUCAGUUGCGAACUUUGUCGGAUUAUGUUGCCGGAAUUGAGGAUGAGCUCCAGAAGCACAAUCAAUUACGCAGUCCUAUGUUACUUGCCUUUACUCCGCGUCACCCCAACGCACAGAAGGCUAUGGCUAAUUGGGAGAAGAAGUCCUCUUAUCUUCUUCGCGAGAUCGUCAAGUUCAGAACCUACAUCGAUUCAUUGGGAGCCGCUGAUAUCGGCAAGCAAAAAAUAUAUGCAGAACGAGCAGCGCGACAAGCACCCGAGGCCGACGAUGACGACGAGGAUGAGGGUGAUGUUACACUCAUACCAGAAUAAGUCUGGGAUGAAAGUUUUCUUUUGUGUCUGUACCACUUCCCGGAAACCGACGAAAUUAUGUCUAUACGUUACCCUUCUUCACUCCACUUCAUCACACUUUCGAGUACGCAUACAAACUUCUCCUUGAACGACAUACACGGAUCUGGAUUACACCUGGCAUUCAUCGGGAGCGGCGUUUACACUUUGUAGCAUGAGCCGUUUUUGGUGGUUUUGUGUACUCGAUAGGAUCUGUUAUCUUUGGGGCGGUAGUCUUUUUGGUUUGGAUUAUUGACUAGAACUACAUUUGGCUAGCUGGCCAUGUUAAGGCGUUGACUUGCGCUUUUUGUUGUGGUGUAUACCCCUUUGGUUUUAUUGUUUUUGCCUCUUUCCUUUGGGACUCCCUAAAGCUUCUUUUGUUCGCUUCUAGAUGGAAACGGGAUUGGAUAUGAUUUGGUGGAGGCCUGGACUGGAAUUAGAGGGCCCACAGGGGAGUUUUACGAAAACACGAGAUUAUGAUGUUGGAUGAGCUGGACAGAGAAUGGUGGGGGGUCCUGAGUGUAACUACAUUCCUGGUUGGAUUGAGUGGAUUGGUGAUGAUGGGUGAUGAGAUACAUUAGAGGCAGGUUCAAGGAGAAAGAAAUACUAUUCUAAUUGCUGUUGAAUGAUAUCGUAAUGGCUACAUUGUCCUGGAUCCGGGUUCACAACGCAGUUCUCAACAUCUUCAAGCCCAAGCUGCUCCAGGGGUUGCUAUGCUGUCAUACUCAUCUCUCGCGUCUGCCAUAUUAUUGGUUCCCUGCCCCCGAUUUCCUCCAAAGUCUCCACUCGAUUCCUCCCUCCCACGCUUGCAGAGGUCACGGACGAGCAGGUCCGAACCAAGGAGGACGAAAUGCCUUGUCGCCCCACUCAUUCUAUACCGACUUCACAUUCCAUUCUGAAAUAUAUUACACUCCUCGCUGAAUACGUUAAAUCAAUUCGCUCCGUUCCGAAUACACAUCUCAUGUGUCGUCCGGCGAGUAAGGUAAAUCCAGCAUUGGUGCGCGUACAUUCUCUUCGCUCCGGAUGUCUCAAUAUCAAGACGAAGCGGGGUGUGGAUAUCCUAGAAAUUCUCUCAAAAUUCUGUGUGAUGUGAAGAGGAAGGCAUGUCCGUGUCCCGAUCAUUGUCAGAGGAGUGUGUGUGUAUGGUUGUUCGUCCACGCCUCUGCUUGGAUUUGUUGGGAAGGAAAGUGCGAGUGUCUGGUCAGGUCGCGGUGGUGGUGUUGGAUGCGAACCGAGAUGCGGUCCGAGAAGCGAAGCAAGUCGAGUCGAGUCAACUGCGAGCGACCGGAAGGUAGGGAUGCGCGAGACGAUGCUGAGAUUGCGCGGCUUCCCUGUGGAGCAGUGCUAGGGAACGUCAAUGAGUUGUGCCUGCAAUGCAAUGCAAUUCGAUGCAGUUGCCAGUUUGCGAGGCGGCUGAAAUGGGGGUGCUAGCUUGGUAGUUCCAGUUGAACUGGAGUCGCACCUGCCUUUUCCCCGGCAGUCCCAACGUACGAGAUUUCUUGCGCGACUGGCAGACGUUAAGUCAGUUCCUUUUACCGACGGCCAAUCACAAUUCACAUGUACCAGAGCAAGGCGUCUUUUCAUUCUCUGCUUCUUGUCCUUCCACUUCAUGGCGUCAUAUGCAGAUCACCACAACGCUUUCAACUCAUGUGCUCUUAUCUGUGACUGCCGAGCUACAAGCUCCCUGCAUCUUCUCGAAUGGCAUUCAAUUUCGAACUGCCAUGGACAGACAGGAUCAGAUCAAAUAUUUGUGGCUGCUUCGCGCAUGUUCCCCUCUGGUGGGAAGGGGCGGGUUCACG